GAGACAGAGUCUCGCUGUCGCCCAGGCUGGAGUGCAGUGGCGCGAUCUCGGCUCACUACAAGCUCUGCCUCCUGGGUUCACGCCAUUCUCCUGCCUCAGCUUCCCAAGUAGCUGGGAUUACAGGCACGUGCCACCACGCCCGGCUAAUUUUUUGUAUUUUUCAUAGAGACUGGGUUUCACUGUGUUAUCCAGGAUGGUCUCGAUCUCCUGACCUCGUGAUCCGCCCGCCUCGGCCUCCCGAUAAGACUGGGUUUCUGUGCUCCUGUGACAUGCUCUUGUAGGAAUCAUCAUAGAACAGUCAAAAUGCCAGUUGAAGUUUUGCUUUUGUGAGUAAACUGUAAGGGCCGGAAUAGUUUGGACGUGUUGUGCUUAUCUUGGCCUCCCCAGUGCCCUGUCCGAGAGUCAGUAUCGAAAAAAUGUUUGUCAAGUUUUGCUGAAAAAUCUUAGAAUAUAAAAGUGAACAUUUGGUGUAAUUAAUACGUUGUGCUACAGGCAUAGGAAUGGGAUACCGAAUAGAAACUGAGUGGGAAACUGAAAAAUGACCCAAUGUAAUAUUUUAACGUUAAAGAUGAUGUUCUCAAAGCAGUGGGUAAAAGGAGAGGUUACUGAAUAAAUGACAUUUGAACUCUUCUUUAUUUUUUUUUUAAAGUUUCCUACUAAACACUAUAUAGCAAAAUAAAAUAAAUUCUAGGUGGAUUGAAAACUUAAGGGUAGGAACGAGCCCUCUAGAAGGAUUGAACUAGCACACGGCAAUGUUUAUGCACUCUCAGAAGGGUCAGGCCUUUCCAAGUGUCGUCCCCAAAGUGGAAUCACGAGGAAAGGACACAAGAGUGGCUCAGCCUCCCAGACCAAGGAAAACAGAUUGGCCACUGCCAUUGUCUUUCUGUGACUGCUCUAGCAAAUCAUCACAAACUUACUGGCUUACAGCAAACAUGGUAUCCUAGAGUUCUAGAAUUUGCAAGUCUGAUGUGGGUCUCACUGGGCUAACACCAAGGUGUUGGCGGGGCUGGUUCCUUCUGGAAGCUCCAGGGGAGAGCGUUUUCCCUGCUCUCUCCAGCUCCAGGAAGCUGCCCACAUUCCUUGGCAUACAGCCCCCUUUCUCCACGUACAGAGUCAGCCAUGUUGCAUUUGUGUGACCUUCCGCGGUCUCUUCUGCUCUGACCACAGCCAGGAAGGUUCUCUGCUUUUGAGUACUCAUGAUUAGAUUGUGCCCAUCAGGAUUGCCCAGGAUGGUCUCCCACCUCAAGCAUCCAGCACGUGUAUGGUGCCCAGCACCCCCCCUUUGAUCCACUGUUACAUGGCACUUUGCUCAGGUCCACGGCCAAGAUGCCGGCCACACCAGUGAAGGCCAAGAGGGUCAGCACCUUCCAGGAGUUUGAGAGCAAUACCAGCGAUGCCUGGGACGCUGGGGAGGAUGGCGACGAGCUCCUGGCCAUGGCGGCGGAGAGCCUGAACUCCGAGGUGGUCAUGGAGACGGCCAGCCGUGUGCUGCGCAACCACAGCCAGCGGCAGGGGCGGCCCACGCUGCAGGAGGGGCCAGGGCUUCAGCAGAAGCCCAGGCCCGAGGCAGAGCCGCCCUCACCCCCUGGCGGCGACCUCCGGCUGGUGAAGUCAGUCAGUGAGAGCCACACGUCCUGUCCUGCAGAAAGUGCCAGCGAUGCCGCCCCUCUGCAGAGGUCCCAGUCUCUCCCACACUCGGCCACCGUCACGCUGGGUGGCACAUCUGACCCCAGCACCCUCAGCAGCUCAGCGCUGAGUGAAAGAGAGGCCUCCCGGCUCGACAAGUUCAAGCAGCUGCUUGCCGGCCCCAACACGGACCUUGAGGAAUUACGGAGGUUGAGCUGGUCCGGAAUCCCUAAGCCAGUGCGUCCAAUGACGUGGAAGCUCCUCUCAGGUUACCUUCCCGCCAAUGUAGACCGGAGACCAGCCACUCUCCAGAGAAAACAAAAAGAAUAUUUUGCAUUUAUUGAGCACUAUUACGAUUCUAGGAACGACGAAGUUCACCAGGACACAUACAGGCAGAUCCACAUAGACAUCCCUCGCAUGAGCCCUGAAGCGUUGAUCCUGCAGCCCAAGGUGAUGGAGAUUUUUGAAAGGAUCUUGUUCAUAUGGGCGAUCCGCCACCCAGCCAGUGGAUACGUUCAGGGGAUAAAUGAUCUCGUCACUCCUUUCUUUGUGGUCUUCAUUUGUGAAUACAUAGAGGCAGAGGAGGUGGACACGGUGGAUGUCUCCGGCGUGCCCGCAGAGGUGCUGCGCAACAUCGAGGCCGACACCUACUGGUGCAUGAGCAAGCUGCUGGAUGGCAUUCAGGACAACUACACCUUUGCCCAACCUGGGAUUCAAAUGAAAGUGAAAAUGUUAGAAGAACUCGUGAGCCGGAUUGAUGAGCAAGUGCACCGGCACCUGGACCAACACGAAGUGAGAUACCUGCAGUUUGCCUUCCGCUGGAUGAACAACCUGCUGAUGAGGGAGGUGCCCCUGCAUUGUACCAUCCGCCUGUGGGACACCUACCAGUCUGAACCGGACGGCUUUUCUCAUUUCCACUUGUAUGUGUGCGCUGCUUUUCUCGUGAGAUGGAGGAAGGAAAUACUAGAAGAAAAAGAUUUUCAAGAGCUGCUGCUCUUCCUCCAGAACCUGCCCACAGCCCACUGGGAUGAUGAGGACAUCAGCCUGUUGCUGGCCGAGGCCUACCGCCUCAAGUUUGCCUUCGCCGACGCCCCCAAUCACUACAAGAAAUGAGCCCAGGCCCACCCGCAGCUGGCCUCACUGUCUCGGGUGGCGCGCCCCACCUGCCUGGCUGGUGGUAGGCCCCUGUGAGCUGGUCCCGGGCUGCUAAAAGGCCUUGUGAGGUGGCCCCACCCUCCAGGGGAGCUGGUGAAGAUGGGCCCCAGACCUGGUCUAGGGCUGACAAAGACAGGGACAGCCUCUGUUUUCUGAGAUACCAAAGAGAGCCAGGGGAGCGCCCCGGCUUCGGCGGCCAGAGGCAGGUCAGGGGUCCCCUCUCCCUCUCCCUCUCCCUGUAGUGUCCUUGCCAAAUGACUGCCUCCUGCCGCCCCUAGUCCGGGGCAGCCUAGGAGGCCGACCCUCUUGGGAGUCCUGCUGUCUGGGUGCCAGGGCCGGAACGAGGUAGUGGCCAUCUCAUACCUACUCUGAAAUGCAAAACUUCUAUUCUGUUGAGUGAAAGAAUAAAAUGUAGACAAAAUCUA